AUGGGCAAAUUAAGCACUUUGGUUGAUCAGUUCUCAUUUUUCUCUUUACUGUCUCCUCAGACAGACAAAGCAUCACUGCUUGCUAAGGCAGUAGAGCAUGUAAGAGACUUAAAGCAACGCAUUGCUGAAAUAUCUCAAGCACAGCUCUUUCCAACUGAGACAGAUGAGAUCAGCGUACUUCCGGGAAGCCUUCAUCCAACUUCCUCAAUUUCAUCUUCCGACGGCUGCCAGAUGUCAGUUUUUGAAGCUUCGGUAUGCUGCGAAGACCGCUCUGAUCUCCUCCCGGAGCUCAUUGAGACCCUACGAUCGCUUCGGAUGAAGACAUUGAGAGCGGAGAUCGCAACACUUGGCGGCAGAGUUCGGAAUGUUUUGGUGCUUGCUAGAGAGAAGGAUAAGAAGUAUGGUGAAGGAAUGGGUGAUGGUUCUGAUGAGGAUGGAGGAGUGUUAAUCAAAGAAGCUUUAAUGAGUGUGGUCAACAGGUCGACGUCGGCUGUUGACCAGUCGAAAAGAAGGCGCGUUGUCGAUAAUACUGACAUGAAUGAUUAACGGUUUGUAAUGGUUGGUGUUUACUGUUGGAGGAGUAAAAUAAUUGCCCGAUAGGCUAUUGUUUUGAGGAAGCUAAUCUCAGCAAUCCAAGUGCCGAGAGAACAUUACUUCUUUAUUGUUUCUAGCAUGC